AUGAAGCCGAGUUGGAAAAACUCCUACCACCAGACAACUCACUGCCUCGUGUGUCUUCAAAUCGAUUUCAGAGAGAGGAUCCAGCAUCGCUUCAAUGAGAAACUGUGCUUAGCGUUCACUCAUUACGUUGGAAAGGUGGCCAACAUAGUCAAAUCUCUCGCUUCUAUUGAAGAUUAUACUACACGAAAGGGACUUCCACUAUCUCCCUGUGUCAUCGAACACGAUCGAGUGGCCACGCGUCUCGACUCGCGUGGUGCGAAGCUCUCCUUCAAGCGUGCCAUUUCUAGAGAGAAACGAUCUGCCAUCACCAAUGGCGUUGACGAGCCGGAGGCCACCGGCGGUGAAAUGGCGUCAGUUUCCGUGACCGAAGACUACAUCAACGAAAUGCUUUACGACUUGACAGAAAGUGGAAAUAUCAUAUUCCACCUGCACAGAAUCCCAGUAGUUCACCAAUUUCUACGAACACAGUGCGAUAGUGAGCAGUGUAUUGGAGCACUUGUAGAUCUUGACGUAGUUACGGAUGGUUCAGGACAUCUCGACAGUCGUGUCACCUCUUCACCGCGAAUAGAGAUAUUGAAAGAUCAAGCAAUACUUCAUCUUUCAUUGGAUACCGUACUGUCCUAUGAGAAUCGCGCCGCCCAUCAUCGCAUACCGUAUCUUCGCUUCGGAAUGGUCAUAUCGAUGCGACUAACCGAGUUGGACAUAGGCAUCUCUGAAGAUGGCUAUUACAAAUGGACAGCACGCUACGAAAUCAUCGAGCUUGAGACCCAUGACGUGCACACCGAUUUCGAGGAGCUACAAGGAAUCGCCAAGCACCUGGAAGAACGCCUAAAUCGCCAUCGCAGUGAAAUUGAGGACCUUCUCUCAGCCCAUUUGAAUGGCGAUCUACCAUUACGUCUGAAUCCUCAUGUACACCUCCAACCGAAUUCUGCCAUCUUUGGUCAUCAUCGAGUGAUAAUUCCACUAAACUUCAAGCUCGAUAAGAAGAUACUUCCAGCUUUCCAAUUCCUUCACACUUCUUUUAUCUAG